AUACCCACACACCGACCAUAUGUCUCCAAGAUGCAAGCACGGCGCAGGCCUUCCGUGACCUCGCGCCUCUCCUUUGCCAUCAGUACAGCCAGUAAUGCAGAGCGUGGAGAAUCCCUAGACGAGCCAAAUGUUGCUGCCGACCGUCAGAUCGAGGAGGAGAUCGCCGAGAUCAAGCGCUAUGAGGACUUCACGACCAUAGAUUGGGUGCAGGAUGCCGCGAGGGAGCGAUCACGACGCAAGGCCCGCAGGAAACACACAACCAACCUCUACGACACCGGCCAGGUCGACUGGCGCCACAAGGCUUAUGCUGCCUACGAGGCUGCGCAAGGAUGGAUUGUGGUGACCAUCAUCGGUGCCGCCAUCGGGCUCAACGCUGCCUUCUUGAACAUCAUUACUGAGUGGCUGUCGGAUAUCAAGAUGGGCCACUGCACAACCGCCUUCUACCUGAACGAGAAGUUUUGUUGCUGGGGCGAGGACAACGGCUGUCCAGCUUGGCACCGUUGGACGGGGUUUGAGCCUGCUAAUUACGUGAUUUAUAUUCUGUUUGCAACGACAUUUGCGUUUGUGUCGGCCACCUUGGUCAAGUGCUACGCUCCUUACGCUGCUGGCUCGGGCAUCUCCGAGAUCAAAUGCAUCAUAGCAGGUUUUGUGAUGAAGGGCUUCCUUGGGUUCUGGACGCUGAUCAUUAAGUCUGUCUGUCUGCCACUGGCCAUCGCCUCUGGUCUCUCUGUCGGAAAGGAAGGCCCCAGUGUGCACUACGCCGUCUGCACUGGAAACGUGAUAGGAAGGCUGUUCACCAAAUACAAGCGCAGUGCCUCCAAGAUGCGGGAGUUACUGAGCGCCUGCGCUGCCGCGGGCGUUGCUGUUGCUUUCGGCAGCCCCAUUGGCGGUGUCUUGUUCUCGCUGGAAGAGAUGAGCAACUACUUUCCCCUGAAGACUAUGUGGCGGAGUUACUUUUGUGCGCUUGUCGCGACUAUGGUCUUGGCUGCCAUGAAUCCUUUCAGAACUGGCCAGCUUGUCAUGUUCUCAGUUCACUACGAUCGGACGUGGCAUUUCUUCGAGAUCCCAUUCUACAUCCUCAUCGGCGUCUUUGGUGGUCUCUACGGCGCCUUCGUCAUCAAGUGGAACCUCCGCUACCAGGCCUUCCGCAAGAAGUAUUUGGCAAAGUACCCGGUUCUUGAAGCGACCCUACUCGCUACCGCAACUGCCUUGGUGUGCUACUGGAACGCCUUCCUGAGGAUCGACAUGACAGAGAGUAUGGAGAUUCUGUUCCUCGAAUGCGAAGGCACUGAGGACUAUCACGGGCUCUGCGACGCCCCAGACCGCCUCUGGAACAUCCUAUCCCUGACAUCGGCCACUCUGAUUCGCAUCUUCUUCGUCAUCAUCUCGUACGGCUGCAAAGUACCGGCCGGCAUAUUCGUGCCCUCAAUGGCCGUGGGCGCCACUUUCGGGCGAGCUGUCGGUAUCAUUGUGCAGGCUCUCCACGAUGCCCAUCCAAACAGCUCCUACUUUGCGGCCUGCGAGCCAGACGUCCCCUGCAUCACGCCGGGCACAUACGCCUUUCUUGGAGCCGCCGCGGCACUUGCUGGGAUCAUGCACAUUACCAUUUCGGUCGUGGUCAUCAUGUUCGAGCUCACCGGGGCCCUGAUAUACAUCUUACCGACCAUGGUCGUUGUAGGCGUCACAAAGUGGGUCAGCGAGCUAUUCGGGCGCGGAGGAAUCGCAGACCGCAUGAUCUGGUUCAGCGGAUUCCCAUUCCUAGACAACAAGGAGGAGUCCAAUCUAGGGGUGCCAGUCUCUCAGGCCAUGAUCGCAGACGUUGUCUCUAUACAAGCCACCGGCCUGACACUUGGGGAUGUCGAGCGCCUGCUGGCUGAGGACAAGUACCAGGGAUUCCCCAUUAUCGAGAACGACAAGACGCUGGUGGGAUACAUCGGACGCACAGAGCUGCGCUACGCGAUCAACAGGAUUAAGACGCAGCGGUCCUUGGCUCCCAGUGCGCGUUGCACAUUCUCGAGCUCUCGCGGUGUCGAGACCAACCCGCCCACGACCCCCUCCACGCCCCACAUCACCGUCCAGCUGGAUCCCAUGUUGUCGGCCUCGAUAGACUUCAGCCGUUUCGUGGACACUACACCGGUGACAGUGCACCCCCGCCUGCCGCUCGACACCGUGAUGGAGCUGUUCCGCAAGAUCGGUCCGCGGGUUGUCCUCAUCGAGUACCACGGCAAGCUCAACGGCCUCGUCACCGUCAAGGACUGCCUCAAGUAUCAGAUCAAGGAGGAGGCGGCCGAGAAUCCGCGUGACGACCAGGACGUCGUGCGCGCCCAGGAGAAGCUCUGGGGGUUGUUCCAGCAAGUCGCUAGCUGGGUGGCUGACAAGGUGUCGAGUGCCUCUGGAGGCCGGAUACGCUUGACAGGUCCCAGCGACAACCUCUCCAGCGGGCCUAUCAUGGAUGGGACCGAGCAGGUGGAGGAUGACGGCGUCGAGCUGGAGAAUAGAUAGGCAGAUCAGGAUAGACUCAGGAUAGACCUUCUUUUGUUUGCUAAGUUCGCGCGUGUUUGUAAUAUAUCACAACGAUGAAAUGAAGACCUGGACAUAC